GAGAGAGAGAGAGAGAGAGAAAAAAAAAAAACUUGUGUAAAGACACUAGAAUUUUCUGUGAACAGGAAUAUGGCCGGGAAGCUCAUGCAUGCGGUUCAGUACAAUUCCUAUGGAGGAGGAGCCGAAGGUUUGAAGCAUGUUGAAGUUCCUAUUCCUGCUCCAAGUAAGGACGAGGUUUUAAUAAAAGUAGAAGCAGCAAGCAUAAACCCAUUUGAUUGUAAUAUCCAGGCAGGUGUGGCCCGUCCAAUUUUGCCACUGAAAUUUCCCUUCAUACCUGUCUACGAUGUAGCAGGGGAAGUGGUGGAGGUUGGAUCUGGAAUCAAGAACUUUAAAGCUGGUGACAAAGUUGUAUCUAUGCUUUUUUUUUAUGGUAUAUCUCACACAGUUCCGAUAGCGUCUUGUUCAGCUUUCUGGUGUUUAUAUUUGGGUGGAGGUGGACUUGUUGAAUUCUGUGUUGCUAAGGGGAAUCGAACAGUUCCAAGGCCACCUGAUGUAUCAGCAGCUGAAGCUGCAGGAUUACCUAUCGCUGCUCUCACAGCUCACAUGACCCUCACCCAAUUUGCAGGAGUCAAGCUCGAUGGGAGUGGCCCAGAGAAAAACAUCCUAGUCACAGCAGCCUCUGGCGGUGUGGGCCACUACGCCGUUCAACUGGCCAAGCUCGGAAACACCCAUGUGACGGCCACUUGUGGGGCCCGCAACAUAGAAUUUGUGAAGAGCUUAGGGGCCGAUGAGGUGCUCGACUACAAGACGCCCGAUGGGGCCACACUGAGGAGCCCAUCUGGCCGGAAAUACGAUGCUGUCGUUCAUUGUACCACCGGCAUUCCAUGGUCUACGUUUGAGCCCAAUUUGAGUCAAAAUGGGAAGGUAAUUGAUUUGACUCCUGGUGUUAGUACUAUGAUGACUUUUGCAUUGAAGAAGCUCACCUGCUCUAAGAAGCAGAUUGUGCCACUGCUUGUAGAUGCUAAAGUUGAGAAUCUUGACUAUCUUGUUAAGUUGGUGAAGGAAGGGAAGCUUAAGACGGUAAUCAACUCGAAACAUCCUCUGAGCAAGGCCGAAGAUGCCUGGGCCAAGAGCAUUGAUGGUCACGCUACUGGGAAGAUCAUCGUGGAGCCAUAACAUACGCCCUUUUGAAUCGACUAUCUGGUACUGGUUCUAUAUACUUAAAGAAGAGAAUGUGUGUAUUUAGACCGUAGAAUACAUGUAGCUAUUCUAAUUUCUGGUAAUGUGUGCUUCAUAUUCUUUGCUUGGGGGAAAUUUUCGUUUCUUCUGCUGUGCUUCAAA